AUGAAUGAAGACUUAGCAAUGGAACUUCGCAGUAACCCUAGUUUAGUUAUUCCCUAUGGAUCUCAUUCCUCAGGAAAGUGUGGUUACUGUAAACAUAAUUCUCAUGAACAAAAAACCACAUGGGGUAUGAUGGCUGAACGACUCACUGUAUCCGACUAUCAAUAUCUGAUUGAUCGAGGAUGGCGCCGUUCAGGUGCUUAUUGUUAUAAACCGUUGAACCAGAUUACCUGUUGUCCAGCAUAUACUAUUCGAUGUGAUGCUUUACACUUUCGCUUAAAGCGAUCACAUAAACGAGUGUUGAAAAACAUGUUUGAUUUCUUAAAGUUUGGGAAAUUACCUCAUAGCAAGAUUUUAUCAUCUCACCAAGUAAAGGAUGCUACUUCUUCACUGGACAACAAUCCAGAAAUGGAUGAUCAUCGUGUUUUCAUUCCCGACAAAAAAGAUCUUUCUACGCUAUCGCCGCUAAAUGUUACUGCACUUCAACAAGGGAAGAAGCAAGCAAAAAGUCAUUCAGAUGUCUGUCGAACAGAUUGUUCUGGGGAUAAGGAGAUUUUAUCAUCACUUGAUGAGCAUCCUGCUUGUUGUGACUUCAAACCAAAGACUGGUCACGUCAACCCUGGUGCUACAUCACCUAAAGGUGCUGCAGGUGAUGAAGUUGACGAUUCUCGGCUUAGUAUUAGUAGUAAUAAAGUCAUGAAAGCUCGUACUCGUCGAUGGAUAGCAAAACAAGAACAUUUACGUCAACGAAGUGUGAAAGAAAACUGUCCAUUCAAAGUUAUACUACAGGAAUACUACACAAGACGUCAGAAACGCCUGGAGAAAAAUAAACCAAAAGAAGUAGAAGAUUUUUUACAGUGUGAACCAGUCAAAGGUGAAGCGAAGCACUUUAUUGAAAUCCGUUUAAUACGUACAACACCGCCAACGACAACUGAUGACUACAAGUCAAGUUUAAAGCUGUCACAUAAAGUUUAUGAACAGUACCAAAUUCAUGUUCAUAAGGAUGAUAUAAGCGAUUGUACCUGGGAUCAAUUUCAAAGAUUUCUUAUUACAUCUCCUCUGGUAAUGGAUAAUUCUGAAUGGAAUUCCACCUCUCCAAUGUUUGGCUCUUAUCAUCAACAGUACUGGCUGGAUGGUGAAAAGUUGAUCGCAGUCGGUGUUAUCGAUCUUCUUCCACGAUGUCUUUCAUCUGUUUAUGUGUUUUAUGAUCCAGAUUAUUCAUUUCUUCAUCUUGGCACGUAUACUGCAUUACGUGAGAUUGCUUUUGUUCGACAUUUGGCUAGAACGUAUGGACCGUAUUCUGUCAAUCGUGAACCAAUGUAUUCAAAUUUUGAUUCCUAUUAUUUAGGUUAUUAUAUACAUUCAUGUCCAAAAAUGUCGUAUAAAGCCCAGUAUGGUCCAGCAUAUUUAGCCUGCCCUGAAACAUUCAACUGGUUACCUCUAAGUGAUUGUUUAAAAGCAUUAGAUAACUCAACUAAUGGUAAAUAUGCACGAUUUUCUCACCCAUCUGCAAUCGAUACAAAUGCUAUCCCUAUGAAUAUUAAUUUAGAUCUUUUAGAUUCACAGAUAUAUUUUUGUAUAAAAUAUGAUGAAGAUGAUGAUAAUGAUGAUUUCAGGAAUGCUCCAAUCUCACUUUUUACUCUACGUUCACGUUUAAGCAUGUGUUCAAUUCCCAUUUUUCGUGAAUGGGCUAGACUAUUAGGUAAUCGUGUAUUGUCUGGACAAUUUCAAAUUGUUAUUCGUUCACGUUAG